CGAGGUCUCGUGCAUGAUUCUUGAGGGCGCAAUGAUCGUUAUUGCUUCGCUUGCCCUCACAAUUGUGCAUCCGGGUAUCGGCUUUGGGAGAGUGGCGUGGGCAGAAGACGAUUGGCACUUUAGGAGCAGGAAAGGGGUUGUGGCGGAGAAGCAUUCAGGAAAGGGUGAAGGUGAGGUACUUAAUGGUGCUGAGGGAUUGGAUAUAGAGGAAGAACGAGAUAUGGGAAUUAGAAAACUUGGAGCAUAGCAUGUUGCAUUUGGAUUUGGAGUUCUUGAUACCAAGGGCUCGGCAUCGAGCGGUAAUGAGAAAUGAUAACGUAUUGUAGUUGGGAGCACCAAAUUAGGCAUAGCGCGAUAGUUUCGCUUAGCC